AUGAACGUAGCCGUGUCUGAGAGACCGAUACAGCCGAGUAUGAUGGACGUGAGCUGGACCACCACUCCUCGUCCUGAGCCCUUCAAGCGGCCAAAUCCAGCGGACACUCUGACCCGCCUGGCCAGCUUCAUCGCCCGUGCUGAGUCGAAAACGGGCCUGAGCCGAUCGCACCGGCUCCCACCUCCCCCGCAACCUGCCCCAUGCCUGAACCAAAUCUACAGGCCACCACAACUGCCUCAACCCGCCCAAAGCCUGCCAUACCCAUGUGUAGAAUCACAUCCAGGCCUGAGUCAACUCUACAUGCCACCGCAAACACUGCAACUUGCCCCAAGCCUUCCCUACCCCUGUGCCGAGCUUAAUCCAAGCUUGAACCAAAUUUACAGGCCACUACAAACCCUCCCAAGCCUGAACCAAAUCUACAGGACUCCAAAUCCACCACAACCUGCCCUCAAUCUCCCCUACCCCUAUGUAGACCUUGGGCCAAGCCUGAAUCAAAUCUACAGGCCUCAGCAAGCUCCGCCAAGCCUACCCUACCAAGACUGCAGCCUACAGUUCACCUACCCCACUCAGCUUCUUACGCACCAGGACUUGCAACAUAAUCUGCCCAAGCCGUACCGAUGUCAGCACUGCGUUAGUCCGUUCGCACAAGAGCAGGUUCCAUCACAUCAAGAAGCUGGAAACGACAUCAUCAAGAAGCUGGAAACAAACUCUCCCGAGAAGAGUCUCACUUCUGACGACGAUUCCUCCUCUUCGCAGUACAUGGAAGGCGAAGACAUGAAAACCGUGCCCAAGCUGCGUAUCACGGCAUGGAAAGACAGAGCUGUCAAAAAGAAGGUGGGCGGUGAAAGUCUGGAGGAGGAGGAGGAGUUUGCGUGUGCGUCCUGUCCUGAAGUCUUCGCCCAGCUAUCUGAACUGCUCGCCCAUGCAGAGCUUCACCAGACGGCGACCGUGCGCGGGUCUUGUAGCGUGUGCACGUGUGAAAUGGACGCGUCUUCGCAAUGGGCGGAGAAAAUGCGCUUGUACCACUGCGGCCUGUGCCAGCGCGGGUUUGUGGCACUUGAGAACUUUUUGUCGCACUGUCAGGAACAUCUCAAAAACAAAGUAGAGGACGAAGGGAUUAGUGAAGCUAUUAUUUGUGAAAAAAGUUGA